GUGCGCGCGAUCCCAUAAUUACCGACGUUUAUUGGUAGCAGACCUCCGCUAAGCUUCUAUGAGUGAUGAGUUUAAAUUAAAAAUAUCUAGAGUUAUCGAGCGCUCGCGUGCCGCUUUCGUGGUUUCGUUUGUGUAUUCGUAUUAGUGAUUAGUGCGUCCGCGCGCGUUGACUGAGCGCGACAUGAGCUUGUGCGCGCAGCCGCAGGACGACUCGACUGUCGUGCCGCCACUCAUCAUUAUCGAGGAACCCGACCCUCGGGACUGCUCGGCCGUCACCCUUCCGCCCGAAGGAAACGUGAAACUACGCAAUUAUAGAAUCGUAAACGAUAAUCUUCGUGCGUAUACAGCUAGUGGCGAUGUUCUUACUUCACCGACCAAAGGAAAGUUAGUGUCAAAAUUCGAUUUGUGGUCUUCGAUUUCUCCUCCACGAGAUAAGAUUUUAGAAUUGUUGCGACCGGAGGAUCCCGGCAAAGACGCGCUGGAAGCAAUCGUGCGAGCGACGCCGAGGCGCGGCCUCGUGCGCCCUUAUGAUGAGGAUACAAAACGCUUUCUUCAGCGGACACUUGUGACUACAAGCUCUACAAACUUACCUCAACAAUUAAACUCUGAACCAGAACCUCGGUUGACGAAGCCAGAAGACGCGGAUUUAGAUAGCAAACAAAAAACUGACGUAAAUACGAAGAAAGAGAGAUCCUUAGCCGAUGAACUUAGAGAAGCAGAGGAAGAUGAGAGAUCUGGUGCAAAAAUUCGGAGAGAAUUGCUAAGAGAGUUUCGAAAAAGAGGGGGAGGCAUCAGAGAGGCGAUGGAAAGGGAUAGAUUAGGGAAACUUGCGCUUGCUGUAGAAGAAGACGAAGACUACGAAGAUUGUGGGCUGUCGGCGGCAGCGCGACGGUUGGACGCUCUGCUGGUGGAGUCACGCAGUUUACACGAAGAGCUCGCGGGCAUUCACGAGGACAUGCAGAUUCAGUGUGCGCGCGCAUGUCGUUGCACGGCCGCCGCACGUGCGCUCACGGCGGAAUCGCGAGCGUUGCGUUACCUGGACGACGUGGUGGCGCUGCUGCGCGGUGACGUCACAGCCGCCCAACGAACCCGCGCCUGGCCCUUUGCUAUAGGCCGCAGACAGCCCGGCAGGAACUAUAUUGUAUAAAGCAGUUACAAGAUAACAAGCGGUCAACGAUCCAUCGACGGAAUAUGAUGC